CACUGUCUUCUCUGCUAAAGAAAGAUUCAUAGUGCUCAUUCACUACUAAUCAGGAAUGGUUUUUAAAUCUGAAUUGCCCACUUCACACUGAAGCUUUUAGUGUGUAUAUAUUUUAUCUUGGCUGAUCAGGCUCAGCACAUGUAUAUAAAGCCUCCUCCAAUCCCAUAAAAUUUCAAAGAAGUGGAGUACUCCUAUGCAAUCUUUUGAAGAUAUAGCAAUUAUGGGUACUAGCCAUCUUACAGCAAAUUUCAUAAUUUUGCUAGUUUUGCUAUCCUCAGCCCAUCUGGAAGCAGUUUAUGCCAAUGAGGCAGGGUCUUAUUAUGAUUCUUUUGCUACUACAAAGUGUGUUAGCUUGCCACUGGCAUCUUCAUAUGGAGGAGGAAUUAUUGUGAAUCCUGAGUUUGACAAUGGGAUGGAUGGUUGGAGUGCCUUUGGAGGUAGCAAACUAGAAAUAAGAUCUGAUGAAGGAGGAAAUAAAUAUAUUGCUGCCACUGAAAGAAAAAACAGCUGUGACUCUGCCUCUCAGAAUCUCAACUUAACCCAAGAUCUGAUGUACACAUUAGCAGCAUGGGUGCAGAUAAGUGGAGAAAAUUCCAGUGCUGCUAUUGUCAAAGCCACAGUUGCCAUGAAAGACCCCAACACAGGCAGUACCACUUACAACUGUGCUGGUACGGCCAUUGCCCAAUCUGGUUGUUGGACUCAACUCAAAGGAGGUCUCACUGCAGACUUCUCUUCUUCAGCCACAAUAUACUUUGAGAGUACAGAUGUUGGAGUAGAAAUCUUUUUGGAUAGUGUGUCUCUGCAACCAUUCACUAAAGAAGAAUGGAGAUCACAUCAACAAGCCAGCAUUGAAAAGAAUAGAAAAGGGAAUGUUACUGUGCAUGUUGUAGACAGUGAAGGGAAUCCUGUGAAGGGAGCCAAAAUCAUGAUAAACCAAAUCAAGAGGGAGUUUCCCUUUGGAUCAGCCAUAGCUAAAACCAUCCUGGCUAAUGAUACUUAUCAGAAAUGGUUUGUGGAGCGAUUUAAUGUGGCAACUUUUGAGAAUGAGUUAAAAUGGUAUAGUACAGAGAAUCAACAAGGAUAUCUCAACUACAAAGAUGCAGAUGCUUUGGUAGAAUUUUGCAAUUCUAAUAACAUAUCCAUGCGAGGGCAUAAUAUCUUUUGGGAGGACCCAAAGUACACUCCUCAAUGGGUUAAGGAUUUGCCUGAUACACAACAACUACAAAGUGCAGUGGAGUCUCGAAUUCGAUCCCUAGUGGGUCGUUAUAAAGGUCAAUUUUUAAAUUGGGAUGUGAGCAAUGAGAUGCUUCAUUUCUCCUUCUUUGAAAAUAAGCUAGGACCUAAUGCGUCACUUGAGUUCUUCAAACUUGCUCAAGAAUUGGACCCCACAACACCUAUGUUCAUGAAUGAUUAUAACACCAUUGAGACUUGCAAUGAUAUCAUGGCUAUUCCAGAUGAAUAUCUAAGAAAAUUGCAAGACAUAUCAAGUCUAGGGGUGAUGACUGGAAUCGGUUUGGAAUCUCAUUUUGGAAAGGCAAACAUUCCUUUGAUGCGUUCAAUUUUGGAUAGAUUGGGGUCUAUAGGGUUACCUAUUUGGCUUACAGAAGUGGAUAUACAAAAUUCUUUAGGUGGUGAUAAACAAGCAGAGUACUUAGAAGAAGUGCUAAGAGAAGGAUAUUCACAUCAAUUUGUGAAUGGGAUUGUGAUGUGGUCAGCAUUGCAUCCAUAUGGGUGUUACCAAAUGUGUUUAACAGAUAACAAUUUCAACAAUUUAGCCACUGGAAAUGUUGUGGACAAGUUGAUAGAAGAGUGGAACAAUGAAAGCAUUGAAGGAAUCACUGAUGAAAAUGGUGAAUUUAAGUUUUUUGGAUUUCGGGCAUAUUAUAAAGCCAUUGUAAUGCAUUUAGAGCUUAGCAAUUCUACUACUUUUAAAGUGACUAGGGUUUCAACUACCACAUAUCAACCACAACAAAUCUAUAUUGUAAUAUGACCCUAUAACAAUAUAAUAAG